UCCCAUAUCCUGUCAUCUUAUUCCUCUUCAUUCGGAAGUGUUGGUUCCCUGUGGCAACGUCACCACUUGCGAAUAUUCCAGCCCACAAGUUGAGCAAUUCUUGUUUUGGGAGCUGUCGAAAUACUGUUCUGUGUCUGUGGUUCAGGUCAGGGUUAACUUUUCUUCGACAUCAGCGUGUGUGACUUCGAGACCAAAGUAGCCAAUCAUCUGUCUGUACAAUAAACAUUUACAGGAAAGUAUAAUAGGCCUACGACAGGUGAGCUCACCACACACACUUCGCCAUGUGGUCCGGCAUUGACAUCGUUGCCAUGCUGUCACUGCUCACUCUCAGCACCAUGGGGCAUCAAUAUGAAGUCUACCUUGACCCCAAAGGUCGUUUUCGGUUUCAGUGGUCCGUGGAUUACCACAGGGAGAUGGUGGAAGUGAGGCUGUCUGCCAGGGCAACAGACAGGUCAUGGUUUGCGGUAGGAUUUUCUGACUACGGGAAUGUAACUCUGGCUGACUUGCUUGUGCUUUGGACAGACAAAGAGAAGAAAUAUCAUACUGUGGACGCGCACACGGACAAACAUGGGACCCUGGAGGCUGACCACCAACAGGACUACCACGUGACUGCCGUGACGUCAACACGAGGAGGGGGCGUGGUUUUGAGCUUCAAGAGACGUUUUGAUACGUGCGACACAGAGGACUACACGCUCGAUAGAGGCACGACCCACAUUCUGUAUAUAGAGGCUCCUCCUGGAUGGGAAGAAGGCGAAAGUCCUCUCGGGAAGCGAAUUACUGAAUUCCCAAGCGGUUUACAGAGAGUUCAGCUGCUCAAACCAGAAGUACCUCCUCAGAUACUCCCAGCGGAUACUUGGACUUUCGAAAUCCGCGCCCCUCAAAUCCUGGUCCCUGCCAAGGAGACAACGUACUGGUGGCACACAACCAUCUUGCCGAACAUUCCAGAAAAACAUCACAUCAUCAGAUAUGAAGGCGUCAUCGGGGAAGGGAGCCAUGAUCUCGUCCAUCACAUGGAGGUGUUCCACUGCCCACUGGACAAAGGAAGCAGUAUUCCGUACUUCAGCGGGCCCGGCCUGGGGGAAGGAAAGCCACACGGUCUGGAAGUCUGCAGGGAGGUCAUCGGAGCAUGGGCUAUGGGAGCGGAGGUGACUUGUCCUGUUCCAAUCUUUGUAUCUCGAGACGGCCGCAUGGACACAUCGGGCAUCCGAUUCUACGUGACGUCACAACUCCGCCCCCAGGAAGCGGGCAUCAUGGAGCUAGGUCUGGAGUACACCAACAAGAUGGCGAUACCUCCUGGACAACGCCGCUUCCAGCUGACGGGCUACUGUGUGCAUGACUGUACCAGACUUGGUCUCCCUCCUGGCGGUAUACGUGUGUUCGCCUCCCAGCUGCACACUCACCUGACUGGACGCCGUGUCGUCACACGCCACGUGAGGAGAGGACGGGAACUGCGUGUGCUCAACGAGGAUAAACAUUACAGCCAGCACUUUCAGGAGAUACGGCGUCUUCAACCACCGGUGGCUGUGUAUCCUGGUGAUGAUCUGCUGACUACGUGUGAGUAUGACACGACGUCAAGGCCUAACGUUACUGUGGAUCCAUCCCAGAGUCUGUCUGAAGACCCAGAUAUACCCCAUAAACUCGAGGGUUCGAUCCCCGAUCAGGUCUAA